AUGCUUUAGUAAGUUUUAUAUAAACACAUUGAAUAAGUAUGGGAAUUACUAAGCAAUAUCUUCGGUAUUUGUCUGUUGCCCAGUUUGGAGUAUUGGGCAGUGCCAGAUGUAAUGUGGAAUACCUGUCAAUGAGGAAUACACAAGGAAGAUAUGUUGCUGCAGCAGCAUGCGAGAAUGUAUGUGUAUGGGACAUGAGAACCUUACAGCUGGUGUUAUUACUACAAGGGGACAACCAAGAAGUAACUUGCAUUAAAUCAAGUCCAAACAGUCAACACUUAGCGGUAGGUUACGUCGACGGCACAAUUCGUAUAUUCAGUCUCGUAACAGCGGAAUCAGACGUUACAUUCAGCGGACAUCGGACAGCAAUCUCGUGUUUGGCUUUCGAUAAGGCUGGCAUGAAACUAGCAUCUGGAUCACAUGAUACAGAAGUAGUAGUUUGGGACUUAGUGAAUGAAAGUGGAUUGUAUCGUUUGAAAGGACACAAAGGAAUCAUAACUGAUUGUUAUUUCGUCAAGCAACGAAACAUGUUAAUUACCAGUUCCAAAGACACAUAUGUGAAAUGGUGGGACUUAGAUACUCAGCAUUGCUUUAAAACAAUGGUUGGACACAGAUCCGAGGUUUGGUCAUUUUGUUUGACACCAGACGAGCGCCGAAUUAUAACGGGGUCAGGGGACAGUGAGUUACGUAUAUGGAGCGUGGAAUUUAUUGCUAACAAGGACUCUAUGGAAGCACCUUUAGUUAAGCUACAGAAGACAAAACUUGAUGAUGUCACUAGCGAUGAUGUCACCAGUGAUGAUGUCAUAAGUGAUGAUGUCAUGCAAGGCAUUGAAGACGACCUUGAAGAACGAUUGGUCAGUUGUAUUAAAGUGGGGUCGGUCAUGCGUAAAGGUCGUGACAGGGUCGUGACCCUCAAAGUUUCAAAAGACGGAAGAUUACUCACGUGCCAUGGAAAUGACAAAAUGGUCGAAUUCUUUCGCAUUUUCGAUGAAGCGGAAGUGGCUCUGAGGAUAAAAAAGAAACUAAAAAGAGCAAAGAAGAAACAAAAGAAUGAGGGACAAGAGGAAAAUGAUAUCACAAUAGAACGAAGUAUUGAAGAUGAAAUAAGUCAUGUUGGUAGCUUUACCUGUGCUGGCAAGUUAAGCUCAUUGGACCUUACCGCACCGACCCCAAACACUUACAACACUGUCGCAUUAUUACGUAACAAUCAGAUCGAGACAGUAUCCACAAUCUCUCUGCUGUCCCAACCGGAAUAUUCCAGUUUAAAGCGGUUAUCUCAGCUUGGUCAUCGUACAGACACAAAAUCAAUUUGUUUUACUAUGGAUGGUAUGGCUUUAUUAACAACAUCUUCUGAAAGUGCGAAGUUAUGGAACAGGAGUAGUCACCAGUGUAUACGAACAUUGAAAUGCUCCCACCCUAAAUGUUGUCUUUUCGUUCCGGGUGAUCGGCAAGUUAUUUUAGGAACACAAGAGGGAGCAUUAGAGCUGCACGAUGUCGCUUCAGGAACGCUACUGGAAACCAUCCAGGCACACGAGGGUGCUGUUUCAUGCGUUGCGUUAUUUCCAAACAAGCGAGGAAUUGUAUCCGGGGGCCCGGAUAAAAAAAUUAAGUUCUGGGAAUUUGAUUUAAUAAGUGAUGAAAAUUAUUCAGUGAGUUCAAAGCGAGUAUCUUUAACCCACACUCGGACUUUCGAGUUAGAUGACCAAAUUCUUGACGUUGAAUUUACCCCGAAUAAUCGUUUUAUUGCCGCGUCAUUAUUGGAUUGUUCCGUCAAAAUAUUUUACGUGGAUUCUUUGAAGUUUUUUCUCUCGUUAUACGGACACUCUCUUCCCCCCUCUUGUGUGAGCAUUAGUUCAGAUUCAACGCUGAUUGUUUCCGGGUCACCAGACCGGAACGUUAAAAUAUGGGGUCUGGAUUUUGGUGACUGUCAUAGGUAAGACGUUUGUGCAAUGU